AUGAUACUCAUGACUGCUGUCGGAGUGGUGUUUCUGAUUUUCACAUGUUCUGCUUUGUGUUAUCGCCACGUGGUUGUAUACAAAAAGAACCCCUGUUUUUGCUUCAGGAGGAGUAGUGAAAAACAAGCGGUGGACAAACAAAAGCAGUCGAUUAAUACAACCCCCGUAUCGAAACCGUCCAGAUUUGACGCUCCUUCCGAAGAGUCAGCUGAAGAAAUGGCAAUGGUCAACAUAAACAGAAUUAAUAAAUACGGAAACCAAUCGCCAUACAAUCGCUCAGAAACUGGAUCCCAUAAAAUGCUAUUUCAUUCGACAAAUCAUAUGUCCCCAAGCACUUCUGGUAUUUCCAUGGAGCAUAAGUCACAAAACUUGUCCAGAUUAGGCCUGUGCCCUAACGAUGAAGACGAUAUGAACGUCCAAGAAAACCUUCACAUGAGUGGACGUGGAAGCAGUUGUGGUCUAGCUCCGGGGUCUGUAAGUAUUUCUGACAUGGAACGGAAAAUCAAAUCACUUGAUGGUUACCACGGAGACUUGUUGGAAAAACUUCGUACCGCUGCCCAUAGAUCAUCGUCCGGUGCCAGGUCGAGUAGUGAAGACCUAUUAUGGCGCACCUUGACUGAAACUGCCGAAUCGGCUUACAAUCGUAUUACAGCUAGUCAAGAAAGAUUGUGUGAAGACAGGCAUGGACUUCCUCAAAGUCAUACCGUUCUGUCUGAAAGUGGAGCGCCGACAUGUCAUAGACAUCCAUAUCGGAGGCCCAGCAGGCGAACAGAUAUCGCUCCGGAAGACGAAGAAGAGACCGCUAAAGAGGUUUCCUCCACAAUCCGUAUACGGAAUCUCGAAGACCUGUUCAAACAAAUUCAAGAGCACACCGUAAGGCACAGUCCAUCUGGCUCCGAAGAAAACAGGAUGUCCGAAACAGAAGUCGAUAGACACUACAGACAUGACGCGCAUCCCGGAUGCGAAGAACCGAGAUUCGUGAGGGGCUGGUACCGUCCGGCGAGUAGGGCGACCAGCGGCUCGGCGUCGCCGUACCAACAGGCGGCCGCCCGGGCGUCGUCGGCCACCGUACACUCGACAACAGGUGAGGAAAGCAUCUAUGAAUCGGCAGACCACCCGCCCUCCUGUCGGAACGCGUGUAAUACCCCCGACAGCGAAAGGUAUGCACCACAUGCACAAACCCGUCAUAGGCGCUAA